AUGGGCUCCGAAACGGUCGGAAUGGCACCGCCGCCGGGCUUUAUCCCCGGAACGAUCCACUUGGUUGAUCUUGAGGGUACGAUGGCCUCACGGCAUGCUGAGGGCAGUGGAAGAGACAUUGUCUUGAUUCCAACACCAUCGAAUGACCCUGAUGACCCAUUGAAUUGGAGCCCUCGUAGGAAAUAUCAGCUUCUAGCAUGCAUUUGCGUGUACUGCCUCGCAGUGGGCAUCGCAUCGGCCGCGAUCUACUCUGUUCUCGUGCCGAUAUCCACCGCGACCGGUCUGACCCUCGCAGACUUGAACUCCGGAACUGGGUACAUGUUUCUGGCAUUUGGCUGGGGUUGUCUGGUAUGGCAACCACUUGCCCAGAAGUUCGGCAAACGGCCCGUGUACCUGUUUACUCUGUUGGGGAGCAUGGCCAUCAUGCUGUGGGCUCCAUAUGCUACCACCAGCAGUAAUUGGAUUGCGAACAAAAUUUUGCAGGGAUGGAUCGGGGCCCCUAUAGAGUCUCUUUGCGAGAUCUCCAUUGCUGACGUGUGGUUCACACACGAGAGAGGUACUUACAUGGGCUUUUAUGCCCUGUUCUUAGUGGGGAGUAACUUCCUUGCACCAGUCAUUGCCGGAUUCGUGAAUGACGGCCAAGGCUGGGAAUGGGUUCUACACUGGUGUGCCAUAUUCUGCGGAGCUGGCUUCGUCAUAUGUUUCUUCUUUAUGGAAGAGACCAACUAUCAGCGCACGGACGUGUUGACAGCGGAACCCUAUCAAGUAGACUACACAUCAUCAGCACUCGAGAAAGGGUCCAAAGAUCCAUCCGACUCGGAUCGAGUCGUCCCUGUCCAGACGCCCCCCAGCCCUGAACUGAUAAUGACGAAAAAGACGUACCUCGACAAGCUCAAAAUGUUCGGAAACAAAGACAUCAACCACCACGCCUCACUUGUAGAAAUGGUGGUUAGACCAUUUCUUUACUUUCAAUUCCCAUCAAUCGUAUUCGCCGGCUUCAUGUAUGGAGCUGUCGUUUGUUAUUUCAACGUUUUGAACGGAACUGCAUCUUUGAUCUUAUCGAGCUCGCCUUACAACUUUAAGUCAAGCAUUGUUGGACUAUCGUACAUAUCCUGUUUGAUCGGAGUCGGCAUUGGAACAGUGUACUCCGGACUCUUCGGCGACAAGUUUGUCAUCUGGAAAGCGCGCCGUAACAACGGAAUCAUGGAACCUGAGUUCCGUUUGUGGCUCUUCACGGGGCUGUUGAUCUGCAUCCCAGGUGCACUUCUUCUCUGGGGAGUUGGGGCUGCGCAUGAAAUCCACUGGUUUGGCCUAGUUUUUGCAAUGGGAGUCUUCGGUGCCGCCAUCACUGCCGGCAGCCAGCUUUCAAUCAGCUAUUGCAUUGACUGCUAUAAGGAGUUGGGCGAAGACGCCAUUGUCACCGUCAUCCUAAUCCGCAACACCAUGUCUUUUGCUGUUUCCUAUGGUAUAACCCCUUGGGUAGAAAACAUGGGGUAUCAAAACGCAUUUCUAGUUGCUGCGUUUGCUGCCCUGGCACAGAUAUCGUCCUACUUUGCCAUGACCAAAUGGGGACGGCAGAUUCGUGCAGCGAGUUGGCCCACCCUCUACCCCUACAGCCGCCAGGAGCCCGUAGGACCUAUAGGGUCCCUCGAUCGCUACUUCAAGGGGUUAAUCACUGACUCUGAAGGUUUCCAGGCCUUCCUCUACGUGACAGACUUCUUCCAGAAGAUCUGCCCGCGGUACUAG